AUGUUUUAUCACUGGUUGCUAUUCGUGGUGUCCAUUAAUGCAGUACCAUUGCCUGAAGAAUUGAAUUAUGACGGAGAAAUUCCGGAUUGUCUUGAUGGUGAGAAACCUUUGUUAGCCGCAGAUAUUGGAAUUCAUACAUGCGACAAAAAUUGUCCGGAAGGAUUUCGAUGUGAAUACAAAACAAUGAAUAUUACUGCAAGGAAAGGCAUAUGUUGUCCGGAUGUGAAAGAAUUGGAGAAAAUUUACAAUGUGGAUGAAAAAUUGGAUAGAAAUGUCACAAAAUCGAAUAUCUAA